AUGGCCUCCAGGCUGGCUAUUGCCCGAGGGGCUGCCCUGCGCCCAUCGCUGGCGCUGACCCGACACGAAGCGAGGAUUUGCGCUCGCGGACAAGGGUCUCUCUUAUCCACCCGCGGCCUCACUUACACUGCCAAAAGCGCUGCUGGUGUUCGCGGCGCUGGCUUGGACGACAACGGCGCGCUGCGACGAGCGCCGUUUGAGUCUCUGCAGGAUGAUCCGGCCUACCAGGAGAUGAGGAAGAUUCGCGCUGAAAACAAGCUGCCAUGGAAGGACUUUAGCGCUCGCCACAUUGGCCCUCGUGACGAGGAGAUCCAGGAGAUGCUCAAUGCCCUGGGAGCCGAGAAUAUGGAUGGCUUCAUUUCUCAGGUCAUUCCCGCGGAUGUGCUGGAUCCUCCCCAGAAGACGAUCCAGCCCCGCGUCUUCAGCGAAUCCGGAGUUGUCUUGGAUCUGUCUGCGCCGGAUGCCCAGAAGAAGAUAAAGACUCUCGGCGACGACUUGAUUGGUGUCAUGGUCCAGUACCCAGACUCAAACGGCGGUGUUUCUGACUUCCGGGAGCUUGCGGAUCUUGCACACAAGCAGGGUACCUUGCUGAGUGCUGCCACUGACCUCUCCAACUUGACUCUCCUCACGCCUCCCGGUGAAUGGGGUGCUGAUAUUGCUUUUGGAAACGCACAGCGAUUCGGCGUUCCUCUGGGCUACGGUGGACCCCACGCUGCUUUCAUGGCUGUUCAGGAUGGCAGCAAGCGACGUCUCCCUGGCCGCUUGAUUGGUGUUUCCAAGGACCGUCGAGGAGACCGAGCUCUUCGCUUGGCUCUUCAAACCCGAGAGCAGCACAUUCGACGAGAAAAGGCAACCAGCAAUGUUUGCACUGCUCAAGCUCUUCUGGCCAACAUGUCCGCCAUGUAUGCCAUCUACCACGGCCCCGAACAGCUCAGAGAAAUGGCCAUCAACAACCUUCGACACGCCCGCAUGAUCCAGGCUGCUGCUCAACACUAUGGUCUGAAUGUUGCGACUGCUUCCGUUGACGCUGAGGGCAAGGUCCUCUCCGAUACCGUUUCACUCUACUUUGACGAGCCUGUUGUUUGCCGCUCUCUGCGUCGUGAGCUCAUGGAUCAAGGCAUCAGCACCGGCAAAUCCUGGUCUCCCAACGAGAUUGUCCUCGCGGUCCCUACCACUUUCACCCUCAAGCUCUUUGUCCGCAUCGUCAAGGCUUUCCAGACCGUUGCGUACAAGAACCACGCCGAUGCUGACCUCGAUGUUUCCUCAAAGUGCUGGAAAGCCGGAUUCGCACAGUCAUCAGAAGAACUCAUCAAGAGUCUGCCCGCCUCUGUCCGACGAGAGUCCAAAUUCCUUACCCACCCUGUCUUCAACUCUCACCACAGCGAAACGGAGAUGCUGCGCUACAUGUAUCACCUGCAGUCCAAGGAUCUAUCUUUAGUUCACUCUAUGAUUCCUCUCGGAUCCUGCACCAUGAAGCUUAACGGCACCACCCAGAUGGAGCUCAUUGGUACGGAUAAUACUGCCAACAUGCACCCUCACGCACCCCACAGCUGCGCCAAGGGCUACCAGAAGCUCUUUGACGCCACCUCCUCUCAGCUCGCAGCUCUGACCGGCAUGGAUGCUACGUCUUUGCAACCCAACUCUGGUGCUCAGGGUGAGUUUGCUGGUCUCCGAGCAAUCCGAAAGUAUCACGAGCAGCAGCCUGGUAACAAGCGUGACAUUUGCUUGAUUCCUGUUUCUGCCCACGGUACCAACCCUGCAUCCGCCGCAAUGGUUGGCAUGCGUGUUGUGCCUGUCAAGUGCGACACCAAGACUGGUAACCUCGACCUGGAAGAUCUGGAAGCCAAGUGCAAGAAGCACGCCUCCGAGCUAGGUGCCAUCAUGAUCACUUACCCCAGCACAUACGGUGUCUUUGAGCCUCAGGUUCGCAAGGUCUGCGAUCUCGUCCACCAGUACGGCGGUCUUGUCUACAUGGACGGCGCCAACAUGAAUGCUCAGAUCGGACUGACUUCUCCCGGCGCUCUGGGUGCUGAUGUCUGCCACUUGAACCUGCACAAGACCUUCUGUAUCCCUCACGGUGGUGGUGGACCCGGUAUUGGCCCUAUUUGUGUCAAGAAGCACCUCAUCCCCUACUUGCCGCACAAGAGCACUCAGACUCCUGUUUCCAGUGCCGCCUUUGGCAGUGCUAGCAUUGUCCCCAUCAGCUGGGCUUACAUCUCCACCAUGGGUGACGAGGGUCUCCGCAAGGCUACUACUGUGGCUCUCCUUAACGCCAACUACAUGCUUACCCGCCUCAAGGACCACUACCCCAUUCUCUACACCAACGAGCAGGGCCGUUGCGCUCACGAAUUCAUCAUCGAUGCUCGUCCCUUCCAGAAGACUGCCGGCAUCGAGGCUAUCGAUAUUGCCAAGCGUCUCCAGGAUUAUGGCUUCCACGCCCCUACUAUGAGCUGGCCUGUGCCUAACACGCUCAUGGUUGAGCCCACUGAAAGUGAGAGCAAGGAGGAGCUGGACCGAUUUGUAGAUGCCAUGAUCAGCAUCCGCAACGAGAUCCGCGAGAUCGAAGAGGGCAAGCAACCCAAGGAGGGCAAUGUGCUCAAGAACUCCCCUCACCCGCAGAGGGAUUUGAUCCUUGGUGAUGCCGAGGGCAAGUGGGACAGACCCUACUCGCGAGAGAAGGCCGCAUACCCGCUGCCGUAUCUGCUCGAGAAGAAGUUCUGGCCCAGCGUUGGACGUGUAGACGAUACAUAUGGUGAUACCAACCUGUUCUGCACCUGCCCUCCUGUUGAGGACACCACCAACUCUGCCUAA